AUGUUGGGAUUAAAGAAUCCAACUGCCUUUCCUGGUGUUCUUUUAAGUGUUGCUGUACUGUUACUGUUGCACAUGGACCAAGUGCAUACAGAAAAUUCGAAUGAGGAGCCGAAAAAUAAAUCACUUUGUACUGGUACCUACAUUUGCAAGACAGGGGUAAUUUUGCCAAUCUGGCAACCUCAAGACCCUUCAUUUGGCGAUAAAAUAGCAAGAGCUACUGUAUACUUUGUGGCUAUGGUAUACAUGUUUCUAGGAGUAUCCAUCAUAGCUGACCGCUUCAUGUCAUCCAUAGAAGUUAUUACAUCCCAAGAAAGAGAAAUAACAAUCAAGAAACCCAAUGGUGAGACCACCAAGACUACGGUCAGAGUUUGGAAUGAGACUGUUUCCAAUUUAACACUGAUGGCUCUAGGCUCUUCGGCACCUGAGAUCCUCCUUUCUGUCAUUGAAGUGUGUGGCCAUGGCUUCAAUGCAGGAGACCUGGGGCCAAGCACUAUUGUUGGAAGUGCUGCCUUUAACAUGUUUGUCAUCAUAGCACUGUGUGUCUAUGUUGUCCCUGACGGAGAGAUCAGGAAGAUAAAGCAUCUUCGUGUGUUUUUUGUCACAGCAGCUUGGAGCAUUUUUGCCUACACGUGGCUUUACCUAAUUUUGUCAGUCAUAUCUCCUGGGGUUGUAGAGGUCUGGGAAGGCUUGCUCACCUUUUUCUUCUUCCCUAUCUGUGUUGUGUUUGCAUGGGUUGCUGACAGAAGGCUUUUGUUUUACAAAUACGUCUACAAGAGGUAUAGAGCUGGCAAGCAGAGGGGCAUGAUCAUUGAGCAUGAAGGUGACAGGCCAGCCUCCAAGGCUGAUAUUGAAAUGGACGGGAAGGUGGUUAAUUCCCAUGUGGAGAGCUUCCUGGAUGGCACUCUGGUCCUAGAGGUAGAUGAGAAGGAUCAAGAUGAUGAGGAAGCAAGGAGAGAAAUGGCCAGGAUCCUUAAAGAGCUGAAACAAAAGCAUCCAGACAAAGAAGUUGAACAGUUGAUAGAACUAGCUAACUAUCAGGUUCUCAGCCAGCAGCAAAAGAGCCGAGCCUUUUACCGUAUUCAGGCUACUCGCUUAAUGACUGGAGCUGGCAAUAUAUUGAAGAGACAUGCUGCUGAUCAAGCAAGGAAAGCUGUCAGUAUGCACGAGGUCAACUGUGAAGUGGCAGACAACGACCCUGUCAGUAAGGUCUAUUUUGAUCAGUCCACCUACCAGUGCCUUGAGAACUGUGGCACAGUGGCCAUAACUAUUGUCCGCCGAGGGGGUGAUUUGACCAAAACCAUCUCUGUUGACUUCAGAACAGAAGAUGGCACCGCCAAUGCAGGUUCUGAUUAUGAGUUCACUGAAGGAACUGUGAUAUUUAAACCAGGCGAGACAGAGAAAGAAAUACGAGUUGGCAUAAUUGAUGACGAUAUCUUUGAGGAGGAUGAGAACUUCCUUGUUCACCUCAGCAAUGUGAGGGUCUCUUCUGAAGAGUCGGAAGACGGUGUUCUAGAGGUGAAUCAUGUCACACCUGUGGCUUGUUUGGGAUCACCUGCUACUGCCACUGUCACUAUCUUUGAUGACGACCAUGCUGGCAUUUUUACCUUUGAGGAAGCAGUCACUCACGUGAGCGAGAGUGUGGGGACCAUGGAAGUGAAAGUUCUACGGACAUCCGGAGCUCGAGGAAAUGUUAUUGUGCCCUACAAAACAAUUGAAGGCACUGCCAAAGGAGGUGGAGAGGAUUUUGAAGAUACUUGUGGAGAGCUUGAAUUUCAGAAUGACGAGAUUGUCAAAAUGAUAUCAAUCAAAGUAAUUGAUGAUGAGGAGUAUGAGAAAAACAAGACCUUCUACAUUGAAAUUGGGGAGCCCCGUCUGGUGGAGAUGAGUGAGAAGAAAGCCCUGUUGUUGAAUGAGCUUGGUGGCUUCACAAUCACAGGGAAGCUUUUGAAUGGCCAGCCUGUCUUCAGGAAGGUUCAUGCUAGAGACCAUCCUUUUCCUUCUACCGUAAUCAACAUUCAAGAAGAGAAUGACGAGAAGCAGCCACUGACGAGCAAGGAGGAGGAGGAGCGUCGCAUCGCAGAAAUGGGACGCCCAAUUCUGGGGGAGCAUACAAAGCUAGAAGUGAUUAUUGAAGAGUCCUAUGAGUUCAAGAACACUGUGGACAAGCUCAUUAAGAAGACAAACCUCGCUCUUGUGGUUGGAACAAACAGCUGGCGAGAACAGUUCAUCGAAGCUAUCACCGUCAGUGCCGGUGAGGAUGACGACGAUGAUGAAUGUGGGGAAGAGAAGCUGCCCUCCUGCUUCGAUUAUGUGAUGCACUUUCUGACCGUCUUCUGGAAAGUCCUUUUUGCCUUUGUCCCCCCCACGGACUACUGGAACGGUUGGGCUUGUUUUGUUGUAUCCAUCUUAAUGAUCGGUCUCCUGACAGCGUUCAUCGGGGACUUGGCAUCCCAUUUUGGCUGCACCAUUGGCCUGAAGGAUUCAGUAACUGCAGUGGUAUUUGUUGCACUAGGAACUUCUGUGCCAGACACAUUUGCCAGUAAAGUAGCAGCAACACAAGAUCAAUAUGCAGAUGCUUCCAUAGGUAACGUCACCGGUAGCAAUGCUGUGAAUGUUUUCUUGGGGAUUGGUGUCGCCUGGUCCAUUGCCGCCAUUUACCACGCAGCCCACGGCAACGCAUUCGCAGUUGACCCAGGCACGCUGGCUUUCUCCGUCACCCUCUUCACCAUAUUUGCUUUUAUCAGUGUUGGCGUGCUUCUCUACCGGCGGAGACCGGAGAUCGGAGGUGAGCUGGGUGGGCCACGGACUCCCAAGAUUCUGACCUCAUGUCUCUUCGUGCUCCUUUGGCUCUUGUACAUAUUUUUCUCAUCUCUGGAAGCCUACUGCCACAUAAAGGGCUUCUAA